AUGGCCAAGGGAAAGUCAAGGGCGACUUCCAAGGCUGACAAGCCCCAAAAGCCGGUCAAGGCUGGCAAGCCUGCCAGCAAAACCAGCGACAACGAGGCUCUCCGACAAGCCGUCAAGGAGCUCGGAGGCGACGAUGACGACCUGGACCUGAUCGCCGGAGUGGACAGCGACGAUGAGGCUGCUCCUGCCAACAAGUCUGGAAACAUUGACGAGAAGGCGCUCAAGGCUGAGCUCGGUGCUUUCAUGAAGGGUCUCGACUUUAGCAGCCUCGCGCCCCAGGCUGCUAACGACGACGAUGACGAGGACGAGGACGAGGACGAUGAGGAAGAGGAGGAGGACGAAGAGGAUGACGAGGAUGACGACGAGGAUGGCGAGGAUGACGGGGAAAACGACGAAGACGAUGAAGAUGAGGAGGACGAUGACGAUGAAGAGGACGAGAGUGAGAGCGAGGAGAGCAGUGAAGAGGAGGCCCCGAAGAAGGUCGAGCCUAAGAAGGGGGUCAAGAAGGAGCAGCCCAAGAAGGAGGAGGCUCCCGCUAAGCGGAACGUUCCCCUUGUCGCUGACUGGUCCUCCCUCGUUCCCGAGCUCGCGAUGCCGUCGAAGCCUCUCGGCAAGGCCCCGCACUCCAAGAUCAACUCUCUUCGUAUGCGUGCCGAUCAGCUUCUCCGCGACCUUCCGAAACCCCAGCGCGCCGGCUCUUCCUCCGACACCGCAUUCAUCUCGCAGAUUCUCUCGAGCGGUACGCACCAGGACAAGCUCUCGGCGCUUGUCCUCCUCGUCCGCGAGAGCCCGAUCCACGCUAUCUCCGAGCUUGAGCGUAUGCGUGCCAUGGCCGGUUGGCGUGAUGGAGCUCCCCACGCUGGUGGUGGUCGUGAUGAGCGUCUCGCCACAGUUCGCGCUCUUGCGGACUGGUGGGUCACUGGUGGAGGCAAGGAGAACGGCAAGCUCAAGUACUUUGCCGACCAGCCGCUACUCGCUCACCCCGACAUUACCGACCGCCACCUUGUUGUCUACGCGUUCGAGGACUUCCUCAAGAAGUGGUACUUCAACCUUCUCCAGAUCCUCGAGACGCUGUCGCAUGACACCCUCCCCUAUGUUCGCUCCAAGGCUCUCGACGUCACCUUCCAGCUCCUGCAGGGUAACGCUGAGCAGGAACAGAACCUGCUUCGUCUCGGAGUCAACAAGCUCGGAGACACGGACCGCGCCGUUGCCUCGAAGGCGUCUCACCACAUCCUGCAGCUCCUCCAGGUUCACCCCGCCAUGAAGGCUGUCGUGGCGCGCGAGGUCGCCGCGAUCGUUCUCAAGACGACGCUGACCGGUGCCGCCGGCUCAUCAUCAAGCGGCACGCACAUGCGCUUCGACGACGACGAGCCGAAGAAGAAGGCCGAGGACGGAGCCAAGGCGCCGCCCAACCACGGACGAUACUACGGUCUGAUUACGCUCAACCAGAUGACCCUGACGCAGAAGGACCGCGAGGUUGCCGGUCGCCUGGUCGAGGUUUACUUUGAGGUGUUCCGCGAGAUCCUCGGCGAGGAGCAGAAGAAGGGCGACGAGGAGAAGGCCGAGGCGGACGAGCUCGAUGCCGAGCAGAUGCAGAAGGUCACCGGCAAGGUCGAGAAGUGGCGCGGACGACGCAAGGGUGCCAAGCCCAAGGGCGGACGGAAGCAGCCCGAGGAGGAGCUCGUCGACAGCGCUGAGGCCAAGCUCGUCGCCGCCGUGCUUACCGGUGUGAACCGUGCGCUGCCUUUCGCCAAGCUUGACGACGCGCUGUUCGAGGGCUACAUGGAGACGCUGUUCAAGAUCUGCCACGCGGGAACGUUCAACACGUCGAUCCAGGCGCUCCAGCUCAUCUUCCAGGUGUCGCAGAGCCGCCCCUCGGUCGUGGACCGCUUCUACCGCACCCUGUACGAGUCGCUCUUUGACGCCCGUCUCAUCACCUCGUCCAAGCAGGCCAUGUACCUGAACCUGCUGUUCAAGGCGAUGAAGGCAGACCAGAGCCUGCCUCGCGUCAUGGCGUUCGUCAAGCGUCUUCUGCAGAUGCUCAACCUGCACCAGCCGCCGUUCAUCUGCGGUGCGCUUUACCUCCUCGGCGACCUCUUCAACGCGACCCCGGGACUGCGCCGUAUGCUGAUCGAGCCCGAGGACGACGGCGAGGAGCACUUUGUCGACGCGGACGCAAAGGGCAAGAAGCCCGUCGCGGAGAAGGCGGGCGAGUCGUCCAAGGCGGCGGAGAAGCAGUACGACGGCAAGAAGCGCGAGCCGCUGUACGCUCACGCGGACCAGAGCUGCCUCUGGGAGCUGCUCCCGUUCACUGAGCACUUCCACCCGAGUGUGGCGCUGCAGGCGAACCAGCUCCUGAUGGGCCAGACGCUGACAGGCUCGGCCGAUAUUAGUCUGAACACGCUCAUCUCCUUCCUCGACAAGUUUGUGUACCGCAACCCGAAGAAGACGCUGCAGCCCAAGGGUGCGUCGAUCAUGCAGCCCGCCGCCGUGAACGACACGACGGGCAACGUCAUCCGCAACCGCGGCCCGCGCACCGCGCCUGAGUCCAACGUCAACACCGAGGCGUUCUGGCGCAAAAAGGUCGAGGACGUUCCCGUCGACCAGCUCUUCUUCCACCGCUUCUUCAGCACCAAGCUCGCCAAGAAGGAGGCGCUCAAGAAGGAUGCGAAGAAGCGCAAGGGCGAGGACUCGGACGAGGACGCCAUGGACGUCUCGGACGACGAGAUGCCCAGCGACGCCGACGAGGCCGCCGCCGGCUCAGACGCUGAGGAGGACGAGAUCUGGAAGGCUAUGCAGGCCUCCAUGCCCGAUGCUGGCGACGACAUGGGUAUCUCGGACGACAGCAGCGACGAGGACGUCGACUACUCCUCUGACGAGGAGGGUGACGACGCCGCUGAGGUUGACGAGGACGACGAUGAUGAGGACGAGGAGGACGAGGAGAAUGAGGACGAGGACGACUCGGACGGUGACGACUUCCCCGACCUCGAUGAGGACGAGGACGACCUCAUCCCGCUCGACGAGAUGCCGAACAUUGAGCUCGGCGGCUCCGAGUCCGAGGAGGAAGAGGAGGAGGAGGACCCCGUCGCGGGCGCAAAGCGCAAGCGCAGGGAGGAGCGCAAGGAGCGCCGCAAAAAGCGCCGCGAGAUGCCCGCCUUCGCCAGCGCCGAGGACUAUGCCGCCCUCAUCGACGGCGAGCCCGACGAGAACAUCUAA